AUGUCAGGAUUUUCUUUCGGCACUCCUACAACUCAAACGGGAACAAAACCAACUGGCCUAAAUGUUCCCAGUUUGGGGACUACGCAGGCUACGGACAACUCAGCUCCCUCCUUUUCUUUUGGUUCGCCAUCUAACACUUCUGUUAUUCCUGCAAAAUCUGGGUUUUCAUUCGUUACUUCUACAGCCCCUACAGGAAGUGUUUCUGCUCUACCACAACCUGCAUUUGGUUUCUCUAGUUCCGCUAACAAGACUGGCUCUCAAUCGACUCCGUUUUUCGCUUUGAACUCAAAUAGCAUAGCCACUAGUGCUCCGACAACUUCUUCAUUUACCUCGCUCGUUCCUACUACAAUAAAACCAACAUCAAACACGGGAUUUGACUUCGGUUCUACUCCAAAAACAUCUACUAACCCAUCCUUCGUGACUUCUGUUACUGCUGCUACGACAACAUCAUCCACCACUGCUGCUAACAGUGGCUUUAGCUUUGGUCUUGCAUCCAGUCAACCAUCUACUACUGCCAUUUCCACCACGACUAAUACUACAUCUGUUGGAUCUACUACAGGUCCAACUUUUAGUGCUCAGAAAACGGGAGUCGCUUUAACCACCACGACGUCGGCCUUCAGUUCUUUUUCUCUCGGCAGCUUAGUGACAAAGCCAUCUGAUUCAUCAACAACUGUUUCAAAUGCAACUCUUGCACCUGCUUCAGCUGCUUCACAGCCUUCAGCUCCCAGUACUUACACCUAUCGACAACUAGAGGAGUUGGUAAAUAAAUGGACGUAUGAGUUAGAUGAGCAGAGUCGCAAUUUUGAAUCUGAGUUGUGUCGAUUAAACAAAGCGGACGCUCUGCUGAUUGCAAAUGCUGAUAAAAUUUCCGAUCUUCAUGCUAAAGUUGAGGCUUGCAAAGCUGGGCAAUAUCGAAUUGAUCAGGAGUUAGAGUUUGUCGAAUCGCAACAGCGCGCGUUAGAGGAUCUCCUUGAGCCCUUGGAGCAGGCGGUUUCUGAUUUGCUGCCAAGUCAACAGCACGCCGACGCCGAGCGUGAAGCAAUUUUCCAGAUGUGCAUCAAUACCGACUUGGAAUUGGGUCAACUGUUGAGCGAAUUACGCGAGAUGGCAGAGCGAGUGAAUGCUGUCACAGCUGAACUUGAACCAGGAAUCGAAUCUCACUUUCCUUCCUCCGCUUCGACCUCAGCCUCUAUUAGCGACAGCUUUGAUAAAAACAAUAAUGUGAUUGGUCAAGUCACACGGAUUCUCAACUCACACAUGCAUGCUCUAAGCUGGCUCAGUCAGAAUACACGUAAGUUCAUAAGACCUUAUGGAAAAAAUGAAGAUUUGAGGAAGGCAUAUAGAUGUGGAGGAAAUUAUGUUUAUGUCGCUGCUACCACAGAAACGGCUACAUUACUACCAAUUAGAAGAGUGCUUUGCAAUCAGGGUGCCGUUAGGGCAGUUCGUUUUAAUGCAGAUGGUCAGUAUUGCCUAACAGCUGGAGGAAAUCGAACAAUUCGUUUGUGGAAUCCCGAAGUGGGUAGGUUACUGAAGACCUACACUGGUCAUGGUGGAGAAGUCUCUGAUGUACAGGCAGCAAGUGAUAAUAGUCUAAUAGGCUCUGGAGGUGCUGACACCUUGGUCGUGCUGUGGGAUGUUGCUUCUGGGCAGUCACUGCGACGGUGGCGUAAACACGCAGGUCGUGUGAACGCGGUGCGAUUCGCCGGUCCAGCGGCAACGGAAGGUGAGUUAGCACCUUCUUCCAGUCUUCUUCUUUUCUCCGUGGGCGUGGAUGGUAUGCUCCUUGCAUGGGAUGCCCGCGCAAGGACCCCUUAUCCCAUUCAGACAAUGCAUGAAGCAAAGGAUAGUGUCAAUUGUCUCACUGUUCGUCGAUGGCAAAUUAUCACGGGUUCUGUCGAUCGGUGUGUUCGUGUUUAUGAUAUUCGGAAAGGGAUAAUGACAGAGGACUACAUAGGCUCUCCGGUUACCUCAGUGGGAUUGUCAUUUGACAACCAAUGUCUUCUCGUGGCUUCACAAGACUCAGUUAUCAGGUUAUUCGAUUAUCUCAACGGCGAACUGCUCAAUAGGUACACCGGCCAUGUGAACAAGGACUAUAGGGUUGAUUGCUGCUUCCUGAACGACGACGCACAGAUAGCAAGUGGUUCGGAGGACUCGAACUGUCGAGUUGUAAUGUGGAACGUAGCCGACGGUGCAGCUGAUAUAGCGAGCAUUUUAGACCAUUCACCUUGCAGCUUAGCUUGGUCGUCCGAUAUCGGUGAUAGUGGGAGCAAGAAUGGAGAAUUAACCACCCACCCUGUUCCCUUUGUUCACUCCCUUUCACCCCAUCCCAGCAAAAAUGUCUUAUUAACAGCUGGUGGCGACUAUUUUUGGCUAUGGAGUGACAUUAAAGAAGAAAAUGAUUACUUUUGCCUUUCUUCUAAAAGAUGGUUUGAAGAUAGAUAA